ACGACGGGUGCUAAACCAGCAACACAACAACAAUCAGACCAUACCUCUGCCAAUGUUGUGGAUGAUUUUUCAACGCAUUCUGUGAUAUAUCCAAAAAUCCAUCAUGCAAGGCAUAAACGAGAGCUGCGUCAUACCUUGGAUACGGAUGGUCUUCAUGUGCCCCAUAUCACAUUAACGUAUCAUCACAAAGGUCAACGCAUUUUAAUUGAUCUAAAACGAAACGAUAAUCUACUGCCCGAUGAACAUUUUUUACGCUAUCAAAAUUCGAACACAACCCAUGGACAUGUUGUGCAAAAUUUUACCAAGACUGAGGCAGAUUUAUGUCAUUAUCAGGGUAACAUACGUGACAAACCCCAAUCAUAUGUGGCCGUAUCGACAUGCAAUGGUGGCAUCAAUGGUGUCAUUUUCGAUGGCAUUGACACAUAUUUUAUACAUUCUGGCAGUGAUGGCCAGCUGGAGGAUGAGCAUUUAUUAUUUAGACAUUCGGAUUUUACCAAAAAUGCCACUUGUGGCUACGAUCAUGAUCAUCAUGAUGAAAAAGAAGACUUUUUGCAAAAGGUGGCCGAUAACAAGGUGCCACAUGUUGCCAAUCACAUUGAUGGUGCAGAAUUUAAUCGCAUACUUAGAUAUAAACGUUCAUACGAUGAUGACAGCAAUAUGAUACGCGGACCCUAUAAUUCCAAUAAACAUUCCUCAUAUGUGGAAAUUGUUAUUGUCGUUGAUAAUAAGGCCUAUAAAUCGUUCAAUGAAAAUAUGAAAAAGGUGCAUCAACAUUGCAAGGAUUUGGCCAAUAUUAUGAAUGCGCUCUAUGUCCCCCUGAACAUUUUCAUUGCCUUGGUGGGUGUGGUCAUAUGGAAUGAAUCGGAUGAAAUUGAUGUGACUACCGAUGCUGAUGUAACACUGAGAAAUUUCCUGAAUUAUCGCCGUACCAAAUUGGUGUUGGAACAUCCCAAUGAUAGUGCUCAACUGCUGACGAAAGUUAAAUUCGAUAAGGGUGUUGUGGGCAAAGCCUUUAAAGGACCCAUUUGCACCCAUGAAUAUUCCGGCAGUGUGAAUGUUGAGCACAGCCCCAUUGUGGGUGUUGUGGCCACCACAAUGGCCCAUGAAUUGGGUCAUAAUUUUGGUAUGGAACAUGAUUCCAGCGAUUGCAAGUGCCAGGAUGAAAAAUGUAUUAUGUCGGCCAGUAGUACUUCGGUACUACCCGUUCACUGGAGUUCCUGUAGUAUUGAUCAAUUAAAUGUUGCCUUUUCGCGUGGCAUGAACUAUUGUCUGCGUAAUAAACCCACCAAACUAUUCGAUUCACCACAAUGUGGUAAUGGUUUUGUUGAGCCCGGAGAACAAUGUGAUUGUGGCAUGCCGGCGUACUGUGAAAAUACCUGUUGUGACCCCUAUACCUGUAUGCUCCACACAAAUGCCUCGUGUGCUACGGGAGAAUGUUGUGAUUUGACUACAUGUCGUCCUAAAAUGGCCGGUACCCAAUGCCGUAAUGCUGAAAAUGAAUGUGAUCUGCCGGAAUAUUGUACGGGAGAGUCGGAAUAUUGUCCUCAAGAUGUUUUUAAACGUGACACGGAAGAAUGUGAUGGCGGUCAGGCUUAUUGUUAUCAGGGCAAUUGCCGUUCCCACUCGUAUCAGUGUCGUGUAUUGUGGGGUCCCACAGGAGAGAAUUCCGAACCAUGUUAUGCUCAAAUGAAUGUUCAGGGAAAACGUGUAGGCAAUUGUGGCUAUAAUCGUUUGAAUAAUACCUUUAUACCCUGCGAGGAGGAACAUGCUUUAUGUGGUAUGCUACAUUGUCGCCACUUAAAUGAAAGACUGGAAUUUGGCAUGGAAACGGCAGCGGUGCUUUCACAUUCCUUUAUUACACACGACAAAGAUAUUGUACCCUGUCGUACUGCCUUGGUGGAUUUGGGUUUACAAUCCACAGAUCCGGGUCUAACGCCAAAUGGUGCUAAAUGUGGCCAGGACAAAAUGUGUGUUAAUCAAAAAUGCCUGGCCAUUGAACAGCUAAGGUUAUCGGGCAUGGGUCGGGAAUGUCCCGAAGAUUGUAAUGGCAAUGGUAUUUGUAAUAGCAAAGGGCAUUGUCACUGCAAUAUUGGUUUUACCGGUCCAACAUGUAAAAUGCCCGGUCCGGGUGGUUCAGUGGACAGUGGGCCAGCCACAAAUCCCAACAGUCACCAGGCAUUCCAGCGUUUCAUGUACAUCUUCUUCUUUGCCGUGCUACCCUUUAUGGCUGCCUUCUGCUUUUUCAUGUACUACUGCCGUCAUCAUCCGUUCUUUGCCGGCGGCAAAUUGGCCGAGAAUAUUAUCAAAUCAGCUAGCGGUGCUAAACAACCACCACGUCCACAUGGCAACAAUGGUGUUGGCAAUCAAAUGAAUGCCAACGGGUUACCAAAAUCAACGCCCAGCAGUACGGAUGAUAUGAACUCGGCGCUAUUGAAGUCUCCAAGCGAUUCGAAUGACAUGGGUAAUGGUUUGUAUGGAAAAUUCAAAGGAUUCACGCUGAGACCUUUAAAUGAUGCCACUUCGCCAACGAACAAUUUCACUGGACCCAAUGUGGCCUAUGUUCAACCUACCUUGCAAGAUAAUUCCAUACAAAUACCCCAAAGGGCAGCACCACCACCACCCAUUAAGCCAAGUGAGGUGAAGAUGAAUGGUACACUAACGCGAAAGGCUCCUCCACCACCAACAACAUGUAAUGGUAUUGCUGCCCCCGCUUUGCCACCACCAAAUCCUGGCUCCACAGCACGCCCCAUCAUUUCCAUGCCAGUAUUAGAAACCUCCACAAUGGCAUUGCCAUUGAAACCCUCUCACGGCAGUACUUCCGAAUUGGCACCAGCACGUCCAGCCCCCUUGGCUCCAGGAGGGGAAAUUCUCAAACCAGCACCACCACCACCUGUACCCUUACACAGCGACCCCAAACUCAAUGUCAGGAAAGAUGGUACCAUACGUCGGAUCACCUCAUUUUUGAAAAAGGAUGAAAAAUCAGCACCCUUAAAGGAAAAAACCUAUAUUGAUCGGGAAAAAUUGAAAAAUCUUGAAAUUUCGGCACCCAUACCCUUGGCGCCAGCCGGAGAAUCAUCCAACUCGGACUCCGAAUUAACACCCAAAGAAGAGGAAACCAAGAAUUUGGUAAAGCGGGCCCAGUCAAUGCGUUCGCCUACAAAGAAAACCAAUAUACAAAGUUUUGGUUCAAUGCGCCAGACCUCAGCGCCCGGUUCGGCCAGACCUCGCAGUGCUGCCUCGUCACAAACUUUAAAUGGUGGGCAAAGACCUAAAAGUCCACCACCCAGACCACCACCGUUGAAGAAAACCAAUUCCACAACAUCAUCGGGUUAUCAAUUGCCAAUUGCUGUGCCUCGUGGCCCCGAGCAUAUGUACGAUGAUUGUGAAUUUUCGGAAGUUUCCUUGGCCAGUGUGGAGGAACAAGAUUCCCCCUUGCAUAGAGCCUCGGAAAAUGGUGAUAAUAUCUAUUCGGUUAUAGAUGAAAUUCCCCCAGCUGCCCAGACAAUGAAACGUAUCGAUUUGGUUGGCAACAGCCAACGUAGCAGUGUGGCCAGCAGUAAUGAUUUGGGUUUAUUGGGUGAAAUUGUAACGGAAAUGGAAAAACGAACAGGAGGGGAAUCUAUAUAUUCGGCAGCGGCCUCUACCUUGGUGAAGGGGAAAAACAAAGAGGAAGCGUCCAAUUCGAAGAACAAGGUGGAAGACAAGAAAGCUACAACCCCAGCCGGUAAUAAUAAGGAAUCGGGAAAUCUCAGCAGUAAGCCACCCACAAAUCCAGCUUCCUAUUUAAGGCCAGCUCCAGUAAAUGCACCCAUUGCCCGAGUGGCACCCACUCGCUCAGAUUUAUCACCAACAACAGCAUUUUCUAGUUUUAAACCAAACACAAAUACAGCGGCAGGAGCGACAACCGCAAAUGCUGCCACACGUUUUAAUGGCAAAACGAACCACAACAACAAUAACAAUAAUACAACAACUGCAAAUCGAGCUAACAGCUUUACAAAGCCCACACAAAAAUCACUGCCGCCCACCAAUACCACAACAAGAACAACAAAUCAACAAAGUUCCACAACAACUAAGCCAGCUAGUGCGACAAUACAAAAACCCAAACCCCUCUCAGCCAAGCCUUCAUUUUCUUCAAGUACCGGCAAAAAGCCAGUACUAGGCUCAGCAACGGCAUCAACAGCCAAGGUGACACCACGGCCGCCCACAGCACCCACAGGGAAGAAUAAUUCAACAGUGGCCUCAUUAACGCAACGUUUUGAGAAGCCAGUGGCCAAUGGUAGCACAACAGCAACGACUACAACGUCCUUAAGGAAAUAG